CUAGUAGAAAUCAUUUCCUCGUGCCACAGCAAGGACUGCUUAACUCACCUACUACUUUCCAGUUACCAGUUACCUCCAUUUAUGGACCAUUCUACAUUCUUUUUCUCUUCUAUCCAUUCCUGAAUCCUCUUUUGACUUUUAUCGAUUUCCUUUUUGCUUCUUAUUUUCCAGAUUUACUCCUUUUCUUCCAUUGAUUUUCGAUCUGUUUUUGCUUCUUCAUCCAUUUUUGUUCUUGUAAAUAUCUUAUGCUUCAGAUUGAAGAAUUAGGUUAUCUGUAAUUAUAGCAAUGUCGUGGCUUCUUAAGCAUGUCGUUCGAACUGGAUGUCUUCAAUCUUCUUCGAGAUUUCGAGCUUUACAACAUGUCGCUAGAGCUUAUGCAACUUCUGGGAAAGAGAUUACUGUGCGGGAAGCUCUAAAUUCUGCACUAGAUGAAGAAAUGGCUGCAGAUUCUAAAGUUUUUUUGAUGGGUGAAGAGGUUGGUGAAUAUCAAGGAGCCUACAAGAUCUCCAAAGGGCUUUUGGAGAAGUAUGGUCCUGAAAGGGUUAUUGAUACUCCUAUAACAGAGGCUGGUUUCACUGGUAUUGGAGUUGGCGCUGCAUACAAAGAUCUCAGACCUAUUGUAGAAUUUAUGACAUUCAAUUUCUCAAUGCAGGCAAUUGAUCACAUCAUUAAUUCUGCUGCAAAAUCAAACUACAUGUCUGCUGGCCAGAUAUCCGUUCCCAUUGUUUUUAGAGGUCCAAAUGGUGCUGCUGCUGGAGUUGGCGCUCAACAUUCCCAGUGUUUUGCAGCAUGGUAUGGUUCAUGCCCUGGUUUGAAGGUACUCUCUCCUUAUUCAGCAGAGGAUGCACGGGGCUUGCUUAAAGCUGCCAUCAGAGAUCCAGACCCUGUUGUUUUUCUGGAAAAUGAGCUGCUCUAUGGGGAAUCUUUUUCUGUUUCAGAAGAAGUUCUUGACCCCAAUUUCACCCUUCCAAUUGGCAAAGCAAAGAUAGAACGACAAGGAAAGGAUGUCACUAUCACUGCGUUCUCUAAGAUGGUGGGAUAUGCUCUCAAGGCAGCAGAAAUUUUGGCCGAAGAAGGAAUUAGUGCUGAGGUGAUAAACCUUCGCUCAAUUCGCCCCCUUGACAGAGGGACAAUCAAUGGAUCUGUCCGUAAAACGAGUAGGCUGGUAACUGUUGAAGAGGGAUUCCCACAACAUGGAGUUGGUGCAGAAAUAUGUGCAUCAGUGGUUGAAGAUAGCUUUGAUUAUCUCGAUGCACCGGUUGAGAGGAUCACUGGUGCUGACAUUCCCAUGCCUUAUGCCGCAAAUUUUGAAAGGAUGGCUGUACCACAGAUUGAGGACAUCGUUCGAGCUGCCAAACGGGCAUGUUACAAAUCAUAGCCAUCUGCUUAGUACAUUUCAGUUAUGGUGAGUCGUGUAAAUGACUCGAAUAUGCAAUAGGUUAUGUGUUUGAGGCGAAAAGGAUUGAAGAGCCAAGCUCGGACACGACUCAGACAAGCAAGUUUAGCUAAAGGUGAUUGGAAGCUUCAGCUUUGAAGGUGCUCGGCCAGCUCGGGCGAGCACUUCAUGUUUGAGCAGGCAACUAAGCUAUUUUGAAAACAAAAUGUUAUAGACUCUGGGUGCUCAAAUGUAUGGCCCACAUCUCGAGCAAGUAGCUUGGCACGAAUUAUAAUUUUAAUCUUUUAGGAUUCUUUUAGCUUUAUCUUAUUUAAAUUAAUAAGAAGACAUCUAAAACGAAUACCUUUGGUGUUUGUGAAGUUUUAAUAAAUAACCAAA